CCAUAUUUAGUUGUUAAUUCCUUCGAUUCCUAUCCAAAAUAUAAUCCCACAUUCAUCUCAUCAAACCCUAAAACCCCAGAAGGCCCACUUCUCCCUUGCAAUGGAAACCCAACAUCAUCACUUUUUAUGACUUAAACUUACACAAAACACCCAACAUUCCUUAUAUAGAGCUGCAAGAACAAAUCUCAUAAACAACAAGGAAACUACAUGAUGAUGAGACCCAAAACCCAAUAUCACCUCAACCUCAAGCUUCUCAUCUUUGGUCUCUUCCUUGCCUUCCUUCUUCUCUUCAUACUUAGAACAAACUUCUUUUCAUCAUCCUCCAAACAAACCCAAUCAUCCAAACCAUCAACCCACAAUCAACAAGAAAAACCCCAAUCCUUAUCUUGCCCACUUCAUCCCACAUCAACUUGCACCAAGAUCCCACCCUCUCUAGUCCAAGCUCUCCUUCAUUACACAACAUCAAGCAUCACUCCACAACAAACCCUCAGAGAGAUCUCAGUCACAUCCCGAGUACUUGAAAGGAAGUCCCCAUGCAACUUCAUGAUCUUUGGCCUUGGCCAUGACAGCCUCAUGUGGAGUUCACUCAAUCAUGGCGGACGUACAAUUUUCGUUGAAGAAGAUAAAUCAUGGAUCGCACAAAUGAAACAGCGAUUCCCAACAUUAGAAUCAUACCAUAUUGUCUAUGAUAGCCGAGUUCGAGAUGCAGAUGAGCUCAUGCAGAUUGGCAAGGUAGAUCAAGAGUGCAAGGAGGUGUUAGGGAAUGCUAGGCAUUCCCAAUGUCAACUUGCACUUAAGGGGUUGUUGCCACCCGAGGUGUAUGAGAUAGAAUGGGAUCUGAUAAUGGUGGAUGCACCAACUGGUUAUUUUGAGGAUGCUCCAGGGAGGAUGAGUGCCAUUUAUACUGCUGGAUUGAUAGCAAGGAAUAGGGAAGCUGGAGAAACUGAUGUGUUUGUGCAUGAUGUGAAUAGGGUUGUGGAGGACCAAUUCUCUAGGGCUUUUCUAUGUGAUGGGUACAUGAGGGAACAAGAAGGUAGGUUAAGGCACUUCACAAUUCCAAGUCAUAGAGCUAAUGUGGGUAGGCCCUUUUGUCCUGAAAAUUAAUUAGAGAAUAAUAAUAUUCAAUUAAUUUUGAUGUUUGAGAGCACUAUCUUUCCUAUCAUUUUGGAGUAUUAAUUCUUUUUUAUGAUGGAUUUUUUUUUCCAUAAAUUCUGUUAUUUUCAAAAAGAUUCAGGAAAUCUAUUUGUGCUUCAAUACCAGUUCCUAGUUUUUCUUUUA